GGCCGUGCCGUUCAGCAGCCGCUGCUCUCGGACGGCGCUGGGCGCCGCAGCCAUGAUAAAGCGUUUCCUGAAGGAGGACUCGGAGGAGGCUGAACUGACCCAGUUCCUGCGGGAUUGCCCAGCAGCUAACAGCUCCAGGAAGGUGGAGCCACCAGAGAACAGGCAGGAGCCUGGCCACCCAUCCUGCGGAAUGGGCCGGGUCCCCCCUGACGAACCCACCGAUGAGAGGGAUGCCAGGAUCUUCUCCCGGUCUCGGCCCUCGGAUUUGCAGCAGCACAUUGCUGCCCCCCCACCCCCCAGCCCCAACCGUCCGCGGAGCCCCUGGGGGCAGUUGGACCCCUACGACUCCUCUGAGGAUGACAAGGAGUACGUGGGUUUUGCUACACUGCCCAGCCAGGUCCAUCGGAAGUCGGUGAAGAAGGGCUUUGACUUCACCCUCAUGGUAGCAGGGGAAUCCGGGCUAGGCAAGUCAACCCUGGUCAACAGCCUCUUCCUGACAGACAUGUAUAGAGACCGCAAGCUGCUGAACGCUGAAGAGCGUAUCACGCAGACAGUGGAGAUCACCAAGCAUGUGGUGGACAUUGAGGAGAAGGGUGUCAAGCUGCGCCUGACCAUCGUGGACACGCCUGGCUUUGGUGACGCCGUGAACAACACUGAGUGCUGGAAGCCAGUGGCUGACUACAUCGACCAGCAGUUUGAACAGUAUUUCCGUGAUGAAAGCGGCCUCAACCGGAAAAACAUCCAGGACAACCGCGUCCACUGCUGCAUCUACUUCAUCUCACCCUUCGGCCAUGGGCUCCGGCCCCUGGAUGUGGAGUUCAUGAGAGCCCUGCACCAGCGGGUGAACAUCGUGCCUGUGCUGGCUAAGGCUGACACCCUGACCCCUGCUGAGGUGGAGCGUAUGAAGAAUAAGAUCCGAGAGGAGAUCGACCAGUAUGGCAUCCGCAUCUACCAGUUCCCAGAGUGUGACUCGGAUGAAGAUGAGGAGUUCAAACUGCAGGACCAGGCGCUGAAGGAGAGCAUCCCCUUCGCUGUCAUCGGCAGCAACAUGAUCGUGGAGGCCAAAGGCAGGCGUGUCCGUGGGCGCCUCUACCCCUGGGGCAUUGUAGAAGUGGAGAACCCGUCCCACUGUGACUUUGUGAAGCUGCGGACGAUGCUGGUGAGAACCCACAUGCAGGACCUCAAGGACGUGACUCGGGAAACCCACUACGAGAACUACCGCACGCAGUGCAUCCAGAGCAUGACCCGCAUGGUGGUGAAGGAGAGGAACCGCAACAAGCUGACACGGGAGAGUGGGACAGAUUUCCCCAUCCCUGUCAUCCCUCCAGUGCCGGAUGCGGAGACCGAGAAGCUCAUUCGGGAGAAGGACGAGGAGCUGCGCCGGAUGCAGGAGAUGCUGCAGAAGAUCCAGAAGCAGAUGAAGGACUCACACUAGCCCUCUUAUCCUCUUCCUCAACCCCCUCCCCAGAUCAGAAAUGUUUACAUCAUGCUCCAUCCUGGCCCCACUGCGAGACCCGGUACCAACACCGCACCCACCACCUUAAGCUGCUGCAGUAUCGCCUUAUCCCAUGGGCCAGUGCCCAUCCCAUGGGGACAAUGAGGGGACAGGGCACCUGCCCUGGGGGUCCCCUGUCCCAGCUGGAUUACUGCCCUGGCCUCACCCAAGCAUGGGGACAGCUUUGUCCCCCAAGCUUUGGCUUCCCCCCCAGCUCUGGGGAGGGUCACCAGCCAGCCUGCUCCCCGCACUGUGUCCUUUGUCCCCAUGUCACCUUGGGCUGCGUGCUUACAGCCUUUAUGCUCAGCUUGGCCCUCGCUUAAGGGAAGAGGAAAGGGAGGGGGAGGGUCCCAGCACCACCAAGCCCCCAGCUGCUCUUCUGUGAGGCAUAGGGUUGCUCUUGACUGGCAGAGAUACACAGCAGCUCCUGUGGCCACACAUGUCCAAGGGGAUAGAGGGACAGGUGCCACCCCAGCCAGGGGGGCAGCCAGCACUGGGGCCCUGAGCUGCCUCCAUGCUAGAACCAGCACAGGGAGGGACUGGGGCUUGGGGGUGUCCAGCCCUGUGUCCUCAACAGGGACCUUGUCUCCACCUAGUGUCACCCCUUGUCCCCAGGUGGUGGGAGCGCCAUGGCACGGGGAGCAUUGGGGAGCCACAGUCCAGAGAAAAAUCCCUUGAACCCCAAAUUAGAGGUGGGGUCCCAAGCCUCCCCCCUCUUCCUCUUGUCCCUGUAGAGAGCAAUAACCACUGUCCUGCACCUGCAAUGCUUCCUGUGGCAGCAGCAUCAUCCUCUAUCAGGCGCUGGUGGCAUUUGCCCCUGUGUAUCCCCAGGAUGUCCCUGUCCCUGCUGCUUCCUGGCAGAGCAUCACUGUUUGUCCCCAAGAAUGUUCCCAUCGAUGUUGCUUCCCAGCAAAGCACUGCUGUGUGUCCCCAUGUUCCCCUGUGAUUGCCCCACGGGUGAAGAGCACUGCAGUGUGUGCCCAUACAUGUUGCUUUCCUGUGGAGUACUAUGUCAUGUCCCCCCAAGAUGUCCCCAUCCCUAUUGCUGCACUAUGUUAUGUCCCUGUGUCCUCUCUAGGAUCUCCCAAUCUGUGUUGCUUCCCAGCAAAGCACCACUGCAUGACACUGGGACCAGCCCAUGCCUGUACCUCUCAGCCAGCGGCCACAGGGCAUGCCUGGGGAGAUGGACACAGACCCCUCCAGCUCCCUGCUCCCCCCUGGGUACAGGGAAAGACAAAGGGGGAUGGUGAGGCAGCAAGAUGGAGGCAUAACUAGGAGCACUGGGAUUAUUGGGAGCACUGGGAUCACUGGAAUCACUGAGGGCUUGCUGGCACAGGGACAUGUCCCCUCCCUGGCAGGGCCAGGCAAUCCAGGGUCUUCCAGGGCAGGGUUCUGGGGGCUUGCUGAGGCUGAUGGGGGCUAUGUCUGGCUGAGGUACAGGGUGCUGAAGGUUGCUGGGGCUGUGUCUGGCAUGUGCCACCCACAUCCCUGGGCCAGCAGGAGGGCCCUUUGCCCCGCAUGGGCAGGGCCCCUCCUCCCCCCAGGCAAGGCCCUGCAGGCUGGAUUAGUGUGUUCCUUUUUUUCAAAUGUUGCUAUUUUCUUACAGAAGUACCUACCUUCGCAUGAUGGGCAGAGAGGCAUUUAUUAAAGCAUAAGCAGACUCUAGGUUUAUAAAUUCUUAUAGAGUUAGUGGAAAUAUUUUUAUCCCUCCACAACCGUUCUCAAUAAAUAAUGGCUGACCUGGUUUGUCUGCUCCAUCA